CUCUCUGGAACAUAUCUCUCUCGGUCUUUCGUCCAAAGUCUCAAACCUCUGGCGAUGUCGUGUCCUAGAGACUCCAUCACAUACAACGCCACGCGCUGCGCGUGCGGUAUCGGCCAGCUCCUAAACCGGAGCUCAGGAAGCUGCGAGAUCUUCGGCUGGCCGUCGACGAUCUCCACCGACAAAGACAUCAGCUACAAGGGAAUAUCCUUCGCCGAGACGCUAUUCGCCUUCGACAGAAUCAAGAAGUUCACGCAGUCUCAAGCCGUCUUCCUUGAAGCCACGCUCGUGAUGCUUCUCUCGUGGCUAGUCUUUUGCUUCUUCCUCAGAUUCACCAAGCUCGGCGACGGUCGUAACGUCUGGUUCAAUCUCCGUUGGUGGAUUACUAGGCUCGAUGUCUUCUUCUCCACUAGGCAUUGGCUCGAUGAUCAGCAGAUUGUUAAGAAACGCAAGACGGAGCUAGGUGGAAUGUUCUCUGUUGCUAGCUGGAUUGUCUUCAUAGGACUAUUCGCUGCGUUGCUUUACCAAAUCCUAACCAAAAGAACCAUUGAAGUACACAACGUGAGAGCUACCGGUUCUCCAGACCUAAUCUCAUUCGAAAACGAUCUGGAGUUCAACAUCACAGCCGUCUCCGACAUGAGCUGCUCCAACUUACGCGGUAUUGGGAACGUCCUCACUGGUAAUCCAGGAUUCAGCGACUUAAGAGUAGCUUCUCUGUCCACUCUCGGAAACUACACUUGCAGGAACACAACUUCAGGACCAACCGUGAACUUCAAGUGCAACAAAUGUCGUCUCGCCAACGACUACAUCUACAUCUCGUGGCAUUUCGUUGACCUUCCUGGUGCCCCUGCAGCUGCCGUUGGGUUUCAGUUUAACUUCACUUCCAAGAACGGAGCUGACAAGAAGAAGCAUGUGAGUUUCGUUAGUGGCACUCUGAGAAACGGGAGUAUACUUGAUGAAAGACCUGUUACUUUUCGUGGGAGUGAAGGGAACGUAUUGAAGUUUAAUCUGUUUCCGAGGAUCUACCAUCAUCUGGGGGAUCUUAAGCUGAUUCAGCCUCUGUUCCAUGAGUUUAUCCCUGGCUCGGUUUACCGGGACACUGCUCAGCUUCAAGCGUCUUUGGGGAGGUCAGCAGAUGGCAUACUCAACACUACACUGUUUAUCAACUAUCUGUCUUCUUAUAUCGUUGAGAUCGACCAUGAGAAUAUACUCGGUCCUGUUAGCUUCCUUGCUGAUCUUGGUGGUUUGUAUUGCAUCAGCAUUGGUAUAUUUUUCUACAUACUAGUGCAGUGUGAGUAUAGGAUCAAGAAGCUGCGAAAUGAAGAUACCAUAUUCAGGAGGAUACGGAAACGUCGUAAAGCUCUUGACCACUGGGAUAAACUGAGAAGAUAUGUCGCAUACACAUACGAUUGCCGCAUAUUGGGUGAUGAUGCCAUCAGAACAACAAAGAUGUCAGCACUCUGUGGCUUAGCUAGACCUUCAACAUCUCCUUCGGAAUGUGGAUCAUCAAGAACAAACAUGCAGCAUUUUAUCAUGUCGGCCAAGAAACCUGGCUUAAGCAUUGAGAAGAAUGUAACUCAACAGCCUGCAAGCCUAGAGAUGAGACCUUUGGAUUCUACUACUUCUUUGGCUCAUGGUGCUAAUACCUCAAAUAAGAAGAGUAUAAGCCAGUCUUCUCAUAGCAAUGGCGAUAUAAUCCCUCCACCUCCUUCAAUGGAGUUCGGUGAAGGCUCUUCUAGCUCAGAAGUGGACGCAAUGGACAUCAAGAAGAAACUACUUCUUCUCUAUGACUACAAUGUAUUGCUUAGGGAGAAACUUUUAGACACUCAGUCUUUGCUCAAUGCUUUGGGUGCCAAAGCUUCAUCAUCAUCAUCAUCUUCAACUAAGGAACACAGUACUUAGAAGAUCCAUGAGGCCGCCUAACAAAUAUUGUUUGUAUUCUCUUUUGUAACCCCCACAUUACUGCUUGUUGUAUCUCUGUGAAUAUCUCACAUUGCUAGUAGUUAGCAAAAUUUUAUCAUCAUUGAAAUUAACAAGAAAUGAGUUUCAUCA